UGUGCUAAAGAGAGCAAAUGGCUGGUAUUAUUCAUUCAAAUUUUAGUUCAAAGGAAUAUCAAGUGCCUCCAGGUGACAUGGGCUGGCCAUUCAUUGGCAACAUGCUUUUCUUCUUCCGAAGUUUCAAAUUAGGUGGUGAUCUUGGCACAUUUAUAUCUUACUUUGUUACUAGGUUCGGGGCAGGAGGGAUGUACAAGUCACUUAUGUUCGGAAAGCCCAGCGUCAUCAUCACAACGCCUGAAAUAGUAAGGAAAGUGUUGAUGGAUGACGACAAUUUCGACCUUGGAUUUCCUCAAUAUCUAAAGGACCUACUAGGACAAGAACCAGUUGGUGGAACAACAAUCCAAGAAGACAGGCUUAUUCGUCGAUUAACAGCUCCAAUAAAAAACCAUGUAGUUAUAUACAUAUUUCAUACUGAUUUUAUUUAGCUUUUAUACACGAAAUUCUGCGCGAAAUCCUAAGCCUUGAUCGAGAUUCAAAGUGUAAAUUUCGUAUAUGAUUUGAAAAAACUCCUUCCAGGUUUGGUAAACGGCAAUCUCCUGCUACGUUUGGUAAAUAUGAGUCUUAGUAUAUAAGAGUAUAUAUUUUCCCUUAUUUAUUUAUUUAUUUGUGUAAAACUCUAUGAAUUAUUAAUGAAAUGAAAUCUUUUAAGUUUUCG